GGGAUCUAACACAGCUGCAAGAAGAGUGCUUCGGCCAAUUUUACGAAAAAAUUCUAAAAGCAGUGAAUGCAGACAUCCCGGAGCCACAAGAGGAUGCAGUUAUGGAGUCUCUUCGCGAAUCUCGAAAAUGCUUAUGAGCUUAAGCUUUGUAAGGUUCGCGACGUUGGCCUGGCUCGUAGUGCGUUGCAGGCGGCGGUGAAAGAAGCGAAAAAGUCGUCCCUGAAACGACGGAUGUGAAAACUUGAGCAGUACCAAGACAAAUCCCGUCUCGGAGGCUGAUCAGAUCUCCUCAUUCAUUUUGCCAAUGCUGGCAUGCAUCAUGACUAGGCCGGAUGAAUGUCGACUUGCACACACCGCCACCUCGCCAACAUCUGGAAGUGUCUUUGUGGCAAAACAUAACAAAAGCCUUGAUAUUGGCUUUGGAAAAGUUUCGUUUGCCCGCGAUGUUGCCAAAGAUACUGGAGACAUUUGCAGACUGGCCAUAUGGGCCAAACGCGUGUUAGACCAGCUAGGCCAACAGUAUUCAGGAAUGGAGGAGGCCUGCGUGCCGUUCUUCCAAAUCGUGUCCACCAAGUGCAUCAUCUAUCAAAUGAGGCGCGUCGGCACAAUUUGUGUCGCUGUACAAGUGGGCGAGAUGGAGAUUGUCCAAGAUCUUCCUGAACUGCUAUUGUUCGAGCCCCAUGUGUUUACCUGGCUUGCCUUGGACUUCACCUUCACCAGGUUGCUACAGAACACUAACACGGUGACCAAGAACAAGAGAACGUCCUUACCUGGCCUCUAUUAUCAUGGCCUGUGCAACCCAUCGACCAGAAAAAUGGCGAAGGUCUGAAAAGUCUCGGCUCUUCGUAAAUAGUGGCGACUAAGCUGCUUAGAGUGAGGGCGUCAACGUCGCCGCGUCAUUAGUAUUUUUUUCUGCGAAUCCAUCCGUAGAGCGAUGUUGAGGCUGACAGCAGGGUCUACGAGUUGAGUUGGCCAAACCAGAUUAGACGUUUUUCUAUUUAAUCAUUCAAAAAAGUAAAGUUAACCUGGAGAAUGGAUUUCAA